GCUGCAUAGGCUGGACAAAUGGCGUUUUUUAGAAACCUUCACCAAAAUCUGAGCCUUCCCUCUGUGUCUUCCCUGGUGGACACGCUCAGCAGUGCUGUGGAUGACCUGGCCAGUGUUGUUGGGGAGGUUGGCUACUCUGUAGCUGACUCAGUGACAGAGCAAGUAACGAGCAUGAUCAAUGGCCUGCGGGCAGAAGAUGAGAGCUCCAGAACGCAGGGUGAUAAACCUGUGGAAGGCAGAGAGGAACACACACCAUCAUUAACUCGUUCUCAGGAAAUUAAUAUGAAAACAAAGAGAAGUGCUGCAGAACAUGAAGAGACUCACAAUUCCAAUUCAUUAGAUUUUGUGAAAAAAGGUACAAGUCAAGUUGGAGUAUCUGACCGUGUCUUGAACAAAAACCAGUUAAGAGGCACAGAUAAUAAUCCUUUCAGUGAUCCAGAAGUACCUCAGGAUUUGAAGACUGUAGGAGGACCUUUUAAAAGGGAAGUAGCAAGAGGAAGUAGUGAGUGUUUUGUAAAUGAUAAGUUCUUGAGGGACGGUAACCUGAAAAGCAAAAACCUUACAGUGGAGCAAUCUAUUGAGGAGCAAGAUAAUUGUCUAUAUGCAGUAUCAGAUAAUUUGAAGAAUCCUGAGCAUAAAAAAGUCAAACCGCAAUCACCUGGAGCUGAUUUUAAAGAUUCUGAUAAAGUUCACAGUAAGAAUGUUCCCCAAGAUUUAGAAACAAAACAGAAGGAGAAAUUAUCAGACUCCAGCUUGAAGACGCACAGUGACCGUCCCAAUUGCCUUAAUGAAAUCAAAGAAAAGAAAUCCGAAGCCCUCUUAGAGAGAAAAAGAAAACCUCUCUCAAAGGAGGAAGACAGUGUGUCAACUGGAGUUGAAAAUGAGGGUAAAAGGAAAAGCUCAAAGAAAUUAGAAAGAGAGCUAUGUAAUAAGAAGACAGCAGGAAAAGCGAACUGCAUUCAGAGGAUGAGAAGAACGCCUCCGCUGGAUGAACUGCAGCCGCCUCCGUACCAGGAUGACAGUGGCUCUCCUCAUCUUUCCUGCACGCCUUCCGAAGUUGGAGACAGCAAAUGUGAAUAUUCCCAGUGUAGCAACAGCCCAAGGUGCUCAUAUAAGUGCCCAAGUGAGGGAAGCACAGGACACGAAAUAGAAAGCUUCCAUAACAAAGGAUACGAAGAGGAUGUUCCCAGUGAUAGCACAGCGGUUCUUAGUCCAGAGGAUAUGUCAGCUCGAGGAUCAUCUUCACAGCUUCCUAAACCUUUUGAUCCUGAGCCAGUAGCUAAAUACGGCACACUGGAUGUGACUUUUGACUAUGACUCACAGGAGCAGAAGCUUUUGGUGACAGUGACAGCUGUCACAGACAUUCCAACAUACAGCAGGACAGGUGGAAGCUCGUGGCAAGUACACCUAGUUCUUCUCCCUAUAAAGAAGCAGAGAGCAAAAACCAGCAUCCAGCGGGGACCGUGCCCUGUGUUCACAGAGACAUUCAAAUUUAAUCACGUCGAGUCUGAGAUGAUUGGGAAUUACGCGGUUCGCUUUCGACUGUACAGCGUACGGCGCAUGAAAAAAGAGAGGAUUGUGGGAGAAAAGAUUUUUUACUUGACAAAAUUGAACCUUCAAGGGAAGAUGUCAGUGCCAGUGAUACUGGAACCUUCUUACAGUCUGCCUGGUUGUGACUCUCAAAUGAGCAUGUCAGAAGUGUCCUGCAGUGAAAGUACCUCCUCUUGUCAGUCUCUGGUACAUGGCUCAGCUCCAGAAAUCCUCAUUGGCCUCCUUUAUAAUGCUACAACUGGAAGAUUAUCAGCAGAAGUGAUAAAAGGCAGCCACUUCAAAAACUUGGCAGCGAACAGACCACCCAACACCUACGUGAAGUUAACGCUGCUGAACUCGAUGGGGCAGGAGAUGUCCAAGUGCAAAACCUCCAUCCGCCGAGGGCAGCCGAACCCGGUGUACAAGGAGACCUUCGUGUUCCAGGUGGCCCUGUUCCAGCUCUCGGACGUGACGCUCAUCCUGUCCGUCUACAACAAGCGCAGCAUGAAGCGGAAAGAGAUGAUCGGCUGGAUUUCCUUAGGGCUCAACAGCUCGGGAGAAGACGAGCUCAACCACUGGACUGAAAUGAAGGAAUCGAAGGGACAGCAAGUCUGUAGAUGGCAUACUUUACUGGAAUCCUAAGGGAUGGUAGAAGGUGCAGCCGUGGUUCUGAGGGAGCUUGUUCUCCCAGGAAGGUGGUCGUCCCAGGUCGCAAUCAGCAGAUGCCUUGUGGGAGUGAAAAAUGGAAACUGCGGUCAACAUUCCAUCACAAAGGAUGCACAACCUGCAAAAUGGUGGGAUUUAAUAUAGGAUCUUCACUCGGUGUCAUGAACUUCCUUGGUGUCAGAGGAGCCUUGCUGUACACAGAUACGAUAGCGGUCCCUUCCCCAUCCACCUGAUGCUGUAUUUGUUUGGGUUUGUUUUUGUGAUUUUCAAUUCAGAAACAUUUUGUGCGAGGUUCUCCAAAUUAAUGUAAGCUCCUCCUUGUGUACCUUUUGUAUUGCUUUAAUACUGUAGCUUCUGACCUGCCUGCAUUCAGAUUAAAGGUCAAUAGUUUGCACUUCGAGAAAAAAGUUAAUGGUCUGUAAAGCAAAAGUGAAAAAAGAAGAAAAACCACUGGCGAAAGAACACUGAAUAAUAUAGCAAAUAGAAAUAUACUGUUGUUUUGCACUGAGUUUCUUUCCAGGAGUUUGGUAAAGUAAGUUUUCAUUUUUUGAUAUGUAGUUGGUUUGAAAAAUAUUAGCAUUUGGGCAUCAGGUGAACUUUGACAUCAAACUAAUGUUUCUUCAAUCUGUGACAGGAACGAGCUCUAUAUAUGGCAAAAAUUGGGGUUUUCCCUCUUGCCUGUACUUCUGCCUAAUCCAAAGAGACCAGAUCAUUAGUUUGGUCCC